ACCCGAGCUUUUGAGGAUCCUAAAAGCAUUUUUGUUUCUCUUCCGGUUCUCGAUCUCUUCCCGUCCUCUAGGUUUUCUGCCCAAUAUUUCUUGUGACAUAUUCCGCUGCGGUGCACGAGGUCUUCCUCCCCCCUCAGUGCCAGAAACAGACCCAGAAAUUGUAUGAGGAAGAACGCGUGCUGCUUUGAACCAGCAAACGUAUUGCAAUAAGAGAAAAUAGUGCUUAAUCUCCAGGAGAUAAGCCGUUAAGUACAAAGAAAGCUCCACCCUAUUGAGCUAUUUUUGCUCAGAUUGUGGGGUUGAAUGCUUUUGCGCAAGGGAAAAAGCCCCUCGCGGGUAGAACACAAUACUGCAGAGAAGGGGGUGGUCUUUUCUUGCCACGAGGUAACUUUUGCUUGCUAGGACUGCAUUCAGUCACUUGACUCUAGCCCUUAAUCUGGUUUGUUAUUUUGGAAUGAGGAGGAGGGGUGUGAACCUACAGUCAUCCUGUGGAUGCAGUUGUGUCCAUUUUCCUCUUCUGCUUGUCUACUGUCCUUCCUUAUCUGUAGAUCAACUCUACUUCUCUUCCCUGGCUCUGGUUACACAGCACUGCGUCCCUAUGGCCCAGUUUCUGUUUGAGAGUGAUUUGCACGGGCUGUUGAAACUCGAUGCCCCGAUACCAAAUGUACCCCCUGCCCGAUGGCAGCGUAAGGCUAAGGAUGGUGCUGCUGUAAACACUGGAACUGCCUCAGAUUCCACAGCUCCUUCACCCAUGAAGCCAGCUAACAGGCCUCAUAGUAUCAGCAAGACUCCCUCCAAAACACCAGGCAAGGCCGGUUCCAAAUCACAAAAUACCCCAAACAAAACUGGAGGUGAUAGAUACAUUCCUAAUCGUAGUGCUAUGCAAAUGGAUGUGGCCAAUUUUCUUUUAACCAAAGAGGAGUCCUCUGAGGAGACACCCACCAAGAAGGAGCAUCAGAAAGCCUGGGCAAUGAAUCUUAAUGGUUUUGAUGUAGAAGAGGCAAAAAUCCUGCGACUCAGUGGGAAACCUCAGAAUGCCCCUGAAGGUUACCAGAACAAUCUCAAAGUGCUCUAUAGCCAGAAGAGCACACCAGGCUCCACAAGGAAGAUAAGUAGAUACAUAGCCUCUGUAUCAGAGCGGAUCCUAGAUGCCCCAGACAUUCGAAACGAUUACUAUCUGAAUCUAGUUGAUUGGAGCUCCCUCAACUUUUUGGCCGUGGCUCUGGAUAAAUCAGUGUAUCUGUGGAAUUAUGAUUCCCGAGAAAUAAUCCAACUCAUGCAGAUGGAAAACCCUGAUGACUACAUUUCUUCUGUGUCGUGGAUCAAAGAAGGAAAUUACCUUGCAAUUGGCACAAGUAAUGCUGAGGUCCAGUUAUGGGACAUCCAGCAGAAGAAGCGUCUACGAAAUAUGGUCAGUCAUUCAUCCCGUGUGAGUUCUCUAAGUUGGAAUAGCUACAUCCUGUCCAGUGGAUCACGGACUGGUCACAUACAUCACCAUGACGUCCGUGUGGCAGAACACCAUGUGGCAACACUUGCUGGUCAUACACAAGAAGUAUGUGGGCUCAAAUGGGCACCUGAUGGCCGUUACUUAGCCAGUGGAGGAAAUGAUAAUCUUGUAAACAUAUGGUCAAUUGCCCAAGGAGAUAACUGGUCACCUCGUCCUGUGCAGACCUUUACACAACAUCAGGGAGCUGUUAAGGCUGUGGCUUGGAGUCCAUGGCAAUCCAACGUGCUGGCUACAGGAGGUGGAACAAGCGACCGGCACAUAAGGAUCUGGAAUGUGUGCUCUGGGACCUGCCUCAACACAGUAGAUGCACAGUCCCAGGUAUGUGCAGUACUAUGGUCUACAAACUACAAAGAAAUUGUGUCUGGUCAUGGCUUUGCUCAGAACCAGCUGGUAGUGUGGAAGUACCCAUCCAUGUCAAAGGUCACUGAGUUGAAAGGUCACACUGCUAGAGUGCUGAGCUUGACCAUGAGUCCAGAUGGAACCACAGUUGCUUCAGCAGCAGCAGAUGAAACACUGAGGCUUUGGCGCUGCUUUGAGUUGGAUCCAGCACGUAAGAAGGAGAAAGAGAGCAGCACUAAAACCAGCAUCAUCCACCAAGGAAUUCGUUGAGUUUCAUCUAGUUCCCUCCCAAUCUAUUGCUUUAUGUACAGUAUUUUAAACUACUAAUAAAUAUUACACUCUCCUCUAGAAAUAGUGUUGGUAUAUGGAUUGAUAUAUGAAUCACAAAAUGGUGUGCCAUUUAAUUGAUUCUGGCUGUUUGCUAGGACUUGGCCUGUAUACCAUUGUAAUAAAAAUUAACUAUUAAAGGAAAAUUAAGACCAGACUGUUCCUCCUGAAUCCAAUUAUAGCCAGCCUCCAACUGGUAAGAAUUUGCUCCUUUUCUAAAUCACUGUGAGAGCUUUAUCACUAGGCAAAUUGUCUUAGUAUGGUCUUUUCCUGGCUUUCAAGAAACAAAUCAGCUUCCCUCUUCCAGCCCUCUUGAGUUGUGGGACAGAUCAGGUACCAGAACUGAAAGUUAACCUGGAAUAUUAGUUUGGGAUCUGAACUAUGUUUUCAAGUCAUGAUUUAAGCUACCAUCCUGCCCCCACACAUCAGAUGCAGAACCUGAUUGAACCGUUCAUUAAGGUGUCAACUUUAAGGUGCAACAUCCUGUUAUGGAACAAAUGUUCUAAGUAUUUCCCAAAACAUAACUGAGAAUUUUGUCUUGCCAACCAUUGUUGCCUUACCAGAUAGACAUUGCAAAUUUGCUGUUAACUUGCCUAACUGAACUUGGUGAUUUUACUGAACCAUGGAAACUAAUAUUUAAGACUCUGUUCUUCCAAAACUAUUUUGUUUGAACUCAGCCUCAGCAGUCUUGGAAUAGCUGCUCAACUAUCCUGAUAGAUAAUCCUUCUAUUCCUUUGCUUAUUUCUUGCACUUCUUUUAAACUCAAGGCAUUCUAAUAUCCCAAACAUGUCGGUGAGACUAUCCCUCCUAUGUUUUUCCCCCCACUCCAUCAAAGCAACUGUAACCCAAAUUCUCCUAUAAAUGCAAUUCUGUAUUUCUUCAGGCUGGAUCAUUCUGAUUUUAGCUCACCUUUAUCAAGAAUUUACUGCCUUCUGAUUCAGUGGAAGUUGUGAAAAGCCAAGCCCAGUCUUAGCCUCAUCUCAACUUUGCCAAGUGCAGUAGAGCUUUUCUAUAAUUUUGGAGAAUUGUGCAAGAACAAGAUGAACAUGAUCUGCAAUAGUCACUCAUUGCUUCCUUAUGCAUAACUCUUGUUCCUUUAUCUACCUUUCGGGUUUCUUGAGUCCUGUUAAGGACUAUCUGCCUGGUACCACUUUAGUUCUAAGUCCUGAUCAAGUGAAAGUAUAGUAGCUAACAUCUCAGCUUUACUACCUAGGGGCCAAAUCAUCAGGAAAUAAAUUACUCUCCAGGCAUUACAAUAAACCUAGUUUACUACAAUCCUAUAUAUUAGAGGCCAGCUUAAAAGUUAUCUGUUUAAGUACUCAGGAUGUGUUCAAUUAAUUCAAAAUGCUAGGAUGGGACAUCUUUGUCUAUAUCUUCUAGUAUAAAUAUUAACAUGUUUUAUAACAAAUGUCAAUAAUGUGUGUACAAUUCAGCUAUGAAUUCAUGCUGUAAUUUCCUAUACUUACAUGGGGAGACACUAAUUUGUUAGAUUUGGUUCAAUAAUGCUUAAAAGGGAAAAUAGCAUUCUCCUGAUGUGAGAACUCUACUUCCACCAAAUAGUGGUUUCAUUACCACCCUGAAGGGUGGCACCACAAUGAGUAGGUCAUAUGCAAGUAUGGAUGCUUUUGGCUUUGGAGAAAAAGAGAUGCCACUUACCAGUCCUUCAGCUUAAGAAUUCUGUCUCCUGGGUAGAGCAGAGUACUAAUCUUUGGAAUUAGUGUCUGACAGUCAAGUAGAAAAAAUAUAGUAAGCAAAAUACUUAGCCAAAUUGUAAUAUUUAUUUUCAUUCUUUAAUCUAUUUUAUUCACACAUUUAGAAUAUACCUUACUGUGUUUUGUCUAUUUUGUGAAAUGCUGGUGUUAUAUAAAUGGAAAGCAUUCUUUGGUUGACAGAUACUGUUCAUAAAAAAACACAAAUAUCUGUUGUGUAUUUGGUCAAUGUUAGUUAUAACCAUUAUUUUUAACUUAUUGCCACAACAUGUUCAUGUGUGUGAUGAAAUGUGUUUACAAAGGGGGAGGUGAUGUGAUGGACCACAGUAAUGUAGCAAUACAGCAAUGUAGUAAUACAGCAGGUUCUCAGGAAGGAGGGAGUACAUUCCAGGAAGUGGGGGGGUGAGACAAGAGACAACACACUGGAACUGGGAAGAGGAAGAGUUUUAGGAU